UUUUUUCUUCAUCAAUUUUCUAUUUCUUCUUUGCGUUAAAAAUUGGUAAAAACACUAACUCAAUUCGUUAGCAUAAACAAAUAAAGCUGGCUCCUAGCUAGAAAUCCACAAACAGAGAAAAAUAAUAUCCCACCACUGUAAAGUUUUCUAAAAAAAAAAAUAAGAAAAUAGUUCUGAUACACGUGGCAAAAGUUAAUUGCUUGUUCAAUUCUGAGUACAUUAACCAGUUUCUUCUUCUUUCACUUUUUUUUUUUCAUUAUUUUUUAAAAAACAUAUAUUUUCCUUUGUUACCUUUUUCCAUUUCUUUCUCUCUCUAAAACCUUUAUCGUUCAACACUUCUGCUUCUUUCUCUCUCUUUCUCUUUCCUCUCCUUCCUCCUCAUCCUCUUCCUCUAAUCUCUCUCUCUCUCUCUUCUUUCUUCCUUCAAAACCAAGCAACCUACUGUAGAAGAAGUGGAAAAGAGAGAGGGGAGAGCAGAAAAAGGAAGAGUGAGUGAGUGAGUGAGCAAGAGAGAGACAUUAAAAGACGAAAAUGCCCCCAACUCCCACCGCCAACGGAGAUCAUCAGAGACCCAGACCACCCUCAAACGACAACCAUCACAGAACUCGACCGCCCCCAAACGACAAUCACCACAGAAUCCGACCUCCACCCAUAAACGACAACAACAACAACAACCAUCAGAGAAGCCGAUCAACUCAAAACGACAACAAUCACCAGUUCUACUACCCAACGACACCUUAUUCUUCUUCGUCUUCUUCCUCAGCCUCCUUUAGAGGUUGCUGCUGUUGCCUCUUCCUACUCUUCUCCUUCCUAGCUCUUCUCGUCCUGGCCGUAGUGCUCGUCGUUUUCCUAGCUGUGAAGCCCAAAAAACCUCAGUUUGAUCUCCAACAGGUUGGGGUUCAGUACAUGGGCAUUACAGCCCCCAAUCCCUCCCAAACCGCAACCACAACAACCGACCCUAACUUAAAUCCGAAUCCAAACCCGACUACCACCGCAUCGCUCUCUCUAAGCAUUCGGAUGCUGUUCACGGCCGUGAACCCUAACAAAGUGGGGAUCAAGUACGGCGAGUCGAGGUUCACCGUCAUGUAUAGAGGUAUUCCUUUGGGGAAAGCUUCGGUGCCUGGAUUUUACCAAGAGGCACACAGCACGAGACAAGUGGUAGCCACCAUAGCCGUCGAUCGAGUCAAUCUUCUCCAGGCCGACGCCGUGGAUUUGAUCAAAGACGCUUCGCUUAACGACAGGGUCGAGCUCAGAGUCCUCGGCGAUGUUGGUGCCAAGAUCCGCGUCCUGAACUUCGAUUCCCCUGGUGUUCAGGUUUCGGUGGAUUGUGCUAUAGUGAUAAGUCCAAGGAAGCAGUCUCUUACUUACAAGCAGUGUGGAUUCGAUGGAGUGAAUGUGUAGAUUUUUUUUUUUGGUCACAAAGUCUGAUUUUUCUUCUUCUUUCUCUUAACAAGUAGAGAGAAAAAAGAAAAAAAAAAAGAAAAAAGAAAAAUGUAAAGUCCUUUCACAUGGGUGGAAAUGGAUUAGCACGCAGUUUAAAAAGAAAGCUAGCGAAGAGAAUGAACAAAGAAGAGGUUCCAAAUUUUAGGAUUAUUUAUUUGAAGAAAGAAAAAAUGGUUCCAAGAUUUUGCAAAAUUAAAUUUAAAAUUAAUUGCUUCGCCAAGUUGCUAACUGCAUGUAAAGUGUAAAAAGGAAAAAACUCAUGCGUUGGUUGGUUGGUGGUAUUAGAGAGAUUCCACUUCCCUUUGGGGUCUAUAUGCUUCCUCUAUGUUAUUAUUUAUUUAUUGGGUUGAUGAUAUGUGCUUAUAAAUUACAAUUUAUAAUUGCAUACAAUUAUAUUUAAGAAUAAAAAUGUCACAUUUAUGAGGUAGCUUA